AUGUACAUGAAUCGAGCUAGCGAGGUCGUCUACCCGUUAUGCGGUCACCCACGCACGAGCAUCAAACUGUCUGGGUCAAAGAGCAAGCAGUGCUUGCCAAGCACCGCGGCCAUUGACGCAGGAUAUGAAGCGAGAUUUGCGCGGCGUACGUGUCGGCGCUACUGGUCGCCAGUCUGGCAUGUGCUGAGCGGUAUGAAUCUCGGUCAAACCGACUCGCACGAGUACCAGAUUUUGGCGGAUCUUGGUGGCUGA